AUGAGCAAACACAACAGUAUUAUUGUGUUUUUAUUUGGCAUACUGUCGGUGCCUUUUCGUAGACUACUUCGGAACACUGACAGGACUACUAGUGCCUUUCACAGGUCACCUAUUCCCGAAUGGGCGAUGUGUGAAGACAUCGGUAGCUUAGUUGACAUACUGUCGGUGCAAAACACUGGUGCCUUUCGCAGGUCACCUAUUCCCGAAUGGGUGAUGUGUGAAGACAUCGGUAGCUUAGUUGGCAUACUGUCGGUGCAAAACACUGGUGCCUUUCGCAGGUCACCUGUUCCCGAAUGGGGCGAUUUGCGAUUUAUUAGAAGGCUACGAAUCAGUGAGAACCAGGCUUCCAUCCCCGUCGACGAAAUAGGGGAUGCAGUGUUGUGUGCUAUUAUUUUAAUGGCCAGUGCCUUUCGUAUGUCACAACCUGUUUCCGAAUGGGUGAUUUGCGAAGACAUCGGUGCCCUUUCGUAA